AUGGCAUCCCCGCAAUCCAACGGCCACCCCUCCAUCCCCUCCCACCACGCCCCCAAACCCUCCUCAUCUCCCUCAGCCCGCUCCCUCGCAACCGCAGCCAUCCACGGCGACGACCCCCUCAACUCCACCACCGACGUCGCCCCGGCCCUCCACGUCUCCACCACCUUCCGCUACCCCCACGACCCUACCCUCCUCUCACCCACCGACGACCUCGACAUCCCCGCUCGCGGCCCCAGGGACCCUACACCCGCCGACUCGCACAUUUACUCCCGCCUUACCGCACCAAAUACUUCUCGGCUAGAGCUCAUGCUUGGUGAGAUCCUCGGCGCGCCGUGCUUAACAUACACCUCCGGCCUCGCGGCCUUCCACGCUCUCCUCGUGCACAUCAACCCCAAAGUCGUCGCCAUAGGCGCCGGAUACCACGGCUGCCACGGCGUGCUCGACAUCUACCGCAAGUUGACGAACUGCCGGGUGGUCGACCUCUUCGACGAAUCCACCUGGCAGAACGACGGCGAAGCCUGGAGUCUCGGAAAGGGCGACGUAGUCCACCUCGAAACCCCCGUCAACCCCUCCGGCCUCGCCUACAACAUUUCCCAUUACGCCUCCCUCGCCCACGCCCGCGGAGCUUUCCUCACCGUCGACGCGACCUUCGGCCCCCCGCCGCUGCAGGAUCCGUUCAAGCAUGGGGCGGAUUACGUGAUGCACUCCGGGACGAAGUAUUUUGGCGGGCAUUCGGAUAUGCUCUGCGGUGUUUUGGCUGUGGGGAUGCGGGAGGAGGGUUGGGAAGGGAGGUAUUGGGGUUUGUAUGGGGAGAGGGUUUUUCUAGGGAGUGUGAUGGGGAGUUUGGAGGGGUGGUUGGGGGUGCGGAGUUUGAGGACGUUGGAGUUGAGGGUGGGGAGGCAGAGUGGGAAUGCUGGGAGGGUUGUUGGGUGGUUGGAUGGGUGCUUAAAUCCAAAGGACGGCAGUGAAGAUAGCAAGAUUGUGAAGGAGGUCGUGCAGAAGGUCGAGCACGCGAGUUUGCAGAAAGACGACAUGAGCUGGUUGAAAGAGCAGAUGCCGAAUGGUUUUGGCCCGGUGUUUAGUGUGUGGAUGCAGACGCCGGAGUUUGCGAAGAGGCUACCUAGUAAGCUGGAACUAUUCCAUCAUGCGACUUCGCUGGGUGGGGUGGAGAGUCUGAUCGAGUGGAGGCGGAUGAGCGAUCAAGGGGUUGAUGAGAGGUUGUGCAGGGUGUCGGUGGGUGUGGAGAAUUGGGAGGAUUUGAGGGAUGAUUUGAUGCGGGCUUUUCGGGGGUUGAUGGAAGAUGGGGGUGGGAAGUAG